AUGUCAAACCUAAAACGCAUAUCCAUCCUCCCCAAUCCCACCUGCGAACGCGCCGGCCUAAAAUCCUACGCCUCCCUCCUCCGCAAAUACGACUUCGCGCCCACCACCGAAGGGCCCUUCCAAGUCCUCGACGUCGCCACGAAAUCCGUAAAGAACCUGUUCAAACCCACGGCUAAAAAAGAAACGAAACCGGUUCUGCGCAAGAUUGAAGAGGAGGGCAAACCGGGCGAGGUCAAAGCGGAAGACCAGCAGAAUGAUGCGUUUGAGACGUUCAAGAAGGUUGAGGGUUCGAGUUGGAGGAUCAGGUAUGGAGAUGGCUCCACAGCAUCCGGCAUCGUCGGCACAGACAACGUGACCCUCGGCGGCCUAUGCAUCGAGAACCAAGCCAUUGAACUCGCCAACAAACUCAGUCCGCAGUUUACCUCCGGUGCAGGAGACGGACUAUUAGGUCUAGGGUUCGGACACAUCAAUACUGUCAAGCCGAAGAAAGUGGCUACGCCUGUUGAAUCGAUGAUCUCCCAAUCCGACAUCCCCACCUCCAGCGAACUCUUCACCUGCUACCUCGGCUCCUGGCGCGACACGUCCGACCUCGACGCCGGAGAAUCCUUCUACACAUUCGGCUACAUCGAUGACACCGUCCUCCGCCGCUGCGGCGUCUCAGAACCCCACUACGUCCCCAUCGACUCCUCACGCGGGUUCUAG